GUCGUGUCACGUCUGCGCUGCGAGAAGACGCCCUUUUACCUAAUAUAAACCCAUCGCCCCCUCUUCUUCCUCUACCCCUCACCAAAUAUCGAAUCUCCCGCUCUUUUAUUUAUUACCUACAGACGGCUUUCGAGCAUUUCGAACACUACAUAUCCAUCCAUCUAUCUACAAAAAGACUGCGGAUUCGGAUUCAAUUUCAAUUGCAUCUUGAAAAGUGAGGAGUUGCGAGAGAAAGAAAGAUACAUCAGCAGAUACACAAUGGCUGCUAUUCCCCGCGAGAUGACGGAGCGCGGUCGUCGCAGUUCCUCCUCUUCAAGACGAGUCAACACAUCAGUUGGCCGUGGCGGCGCUGGCAACAUCUCCAGCAACACGCCCGAUCUCGACCCCGCGUCGCUCACGACGCCCACGCUGAAAACCGACAUCUUCACCACGGGCCGCGGCGGCAGCGGGAACAUGGCCAAGAACUCGGACCCGGAGGCGACGCGGCGCGCGCAGGAUAUCGUGGCGCAUCCGCGGCGCGAGAGCUCUGGCUCGGCGCACGUUGGGCGCGGGGGCGCCGCGAACGUGUUUCGUCUGGAGAAGAGCGGCGCGGGGGUCGAUGAGAGCGCGGUUGAGGAUGAGGAGGAGGGCUUAAGUGGCGGUGGGAAGGGGAGGGAGAUGGGGUUGGCGGAUCGGGGAAAGGAGUGGUUGAGCGGGGUUGUUGGAAGGAAGUGAGAUGAGGUUUUUGUUUGCGGAUCUGGUUUCGUUUUCGUGGAUGGAUGGGCUUUUCGAUUUGGGAUUUUGGGCGCCAGAUGGGUCUGGAGUUAGGGAGGGAAUGGGAAGAUAUCCGGCGUUGAUUUCGGGUGGUGCUGUGCUGACUCUUUACUUUGGUUUCCCCUCACACACUUUGCUUUGAACUCUCUAGAUUGCGAUGCUCGUUACAAAUACAAAAGAAAAGAACAGCGGUUCAGUAUAGCCGGCUGCUUGCUGCUCAUGCAU